AUGGUGAAAGAAGUGAUAAUGAACAAGAAGAAGUUCAGAGGUGUGAGACAAAGACACUGGGGAAAAUGGGUGUCUGAAAUCAGACUACCUCAGAACAGAAUCAGAGUCUGGCUAGGAACAUUCGACACAGCCGAAGCAGCCGCCUUUGCCUAUGAUCGAGCUGCUUUCAAGCUCCGAGGUCAAUACGCUAGACUCAACUUCCCCGAUCUUGAGGACCUCAAAAAGAUGGGAUUUGAUGAUGGAUCAACAUUGAAUGCUUUGAAGAUAGCUAUUGAUGCAAAGAUUAAAGCAAUUUGUGAGAAGGUGAAGAUUAUUAGGUCUAAUGAUGAGAUAAAGAAGCAAAUUGUGGAGGAGGAUGUUAGUGAAGAAAAUUCAUAUUCAUUGGAUAGUAUACCAUCGUUUGAUGUCGAUUUGAUUUGGGAGGAUCUUGCUAAUGAGAUGAAUAUGUCUCGAACUAACCUAUAG